AUGGAAAAUUUCGUUGAUCAAAAUCUCAAUCUUGUUUUAGGAGUAAAAGAAGGAUGCCACUUUGAUCGAGUGCAAAAGCCAACAGUAGUCCUGGCGACUUUGAAUGGCCAGUGCCUUGAAACAAAAAAAUUCCAGUCGGACUGUAAUCCGCAGUAUGCAACGGACUUGACAUGGGAAACUGACAAAAAUGCUCUGAGAAAAAUGAGAUGUAAUUCAACACCAAUCAAAGUUGAAUGCUAUGCAGUUCAUGACAAUGGUAGCAGGGAAAAACUUGGAUACAUCCUGCUCAGCGUACGAUGUGCCCAGAUCAUACAUCAAGGUGAAGAUUCCAAAAUUAAAAUGAAUUGGCAUACCAUUCUGGGGGUGCGUAAUGAAUUUAGCAACUGCAAGCCAAAGUUGAUGCUUUAUUUGAUCAUUCGAGAAAGGGACGCUAAACCAGCUGAAACAGCACAAAAGCUCCAAGAUGCCGUGUCAAUUAAUUCAAAUAUUAUACCAAAAUGGUUACAAGAUGAGCACCUAAUACAACUUGGUGCUUUAGAUACGUGUCACGAUGUAUUUUUACUUCACAUCACUGCAGAAACUUUGACAAAUUUGGGUCAAAUAAAGCAAGAAUCCAGAGAAAGCAACAACAAUGAUUUGACAUUGAUUUACAAUAUUUUUGAAAUGUUUUUCAAGCUAAAAUCCUUCAAGCUUGAAUCGGACAGUAUUUAUUUGAAUCAAAAAAUUGUCAUAAAAAUAAGAAGUUCCAUCAGUGUACUUGCAAAUUAUUUAAAUUCCAAGUCGCAUUUUUUUGUGAAACUGAAAUACAACAACGUGGCAGUUGCUCAAUCGGAAAUUAGUUUGCAAUCCUUGCUGGAUCCAAAUUACUUGCAAAACAUGAAACAAAUCAAUAAAUAUCCUGCAUCCGCUAUUGAAUAUCGCUGUGUUCUGAAAAACAUUCAUUCUAAAGAGAGUAAAGGAGAUUAUAAAAAAGAUGAAAACGAAGAAUCUCCCAGUCUUAAUCUCAAUAUUAAAUUAUUACUCAUGGAAUCGAAAGAAAGUGCGAAUGAUAAAAAUAUUUUAUUACCAAAUUCUUCGCAAACACAAUUCACAGUAAAUGACCAUCAUCUUCACAACUCACAAGAGCAAACCAAAAAUCCAAGUGUGAGUGUAACAUCGAAUAGACUUCCCUACAUUUCAUCAUCGGACAAUGUUAUUGGCCACAAUCAACAAAAUGUUCAUGGCAAAAAACACAGCGUCGAAGUUACAAAUAUUUACAGGAAUUUUUGCUUGAAUUUAAUAGUAAAAAGUAUCACAUUUAAUUACUCCAAGCCUGAUAUAAAAAAAAUCGAGUUCAGAUUCUACACUACAAGAGGGGAUGUUAUUGCAAAAGCUUCUGUCGAAGCACCAAUUGAAGCAGAAAAAACGAUAGAACUUCAAGACGUCAAGUGCAAUCUACAUUUUGUUUCAACUUCUGAUAAAAUUGAAGAAGUAUUGUCGACUUUUGCACCAAAAAUUAAUAUUUGUGAUUGUACUUCCGAUGAAAGAAAAUGUUUGGCUCAAAUAGCUUUUGAUGCUAAAAAGUUAUUUGAUCAGCAAAAGCCAGAAUGCCAAUACACCAAAGUACUGCGUGACUGCAAUUUGCAAAACGAAAUUGGUUUCAUGGAAAUAUUUGCUUGUCUAGAAGAUUGCACGAUAUCUGUGUUAAAGAAAACACACGAGGAAACUUCUGGAACAAUGUUUAACAAUGAUUUGGCUUACAAAAUCAUAGACGAACUUGAAACGUGGAAAGAAAGGCAAAAAGAAUUAUUCCGAGAUGAGUUACGAAAAAAAGAAGAAGCUCACUUGACAUUGCUAAACGAAGAAUGGCAGAGGCGACGACAGUGCUUGGAAUCCAAGGUGGCUUUAAAUAUUCAACAGUGCAAAGUGCUGGCUGAUAAUCUUAGCAAAACGAUCGAAGAUUUGAGAAAAAGAAAGAUACAAAGCUUCGAAAGGGAAACCAAGUUGAUUCAAACAAACGAAGAAUUGCAAUGGAAGCACGAACGCAAAUUACGACAGCUUCAAGACGCGCUUGAUAAAAUGCAAGCCGAAUUCGACAUAAAACUAAGGACUCUUGAGGAACAAAAUCGCAGUCUCAUUCGACAAAUUGAACUGUUAAAUACCAAAAACUAUGAAUUGGAGAAGGUCAAAACGGAGCAAAGCGAAAAACUGAGCACAUUUAAGAAAGCCUCGUUGUCCGAGGAUCAGACCACAUCGAUACUACAGCAGCUCAAAAAUCUCGAAGAGAAAUUGGACGGUGCUCAGAAAAGCAAAAAGUUUUUCAAAGAGCAGUGGGACAACGCUGUCAUGGAAAUACACAAAUUGAAAACGCAAAACCAAAGAGCUCUCGUGUCUCAGAUCCAAAGUAGCAAAGAAGAACUGCACAAUUUCGAUCUGGAAGAAAUCCUGCACGCAGACUCGGCAGCUCUGACGUACGAUCAAAUCGCCUUGAACGCGAUACAACGAGAACUCGACGUGAUAAAACCAAGACCAUCGAAUCGCCGCUACGCGAGAUCUCGAUCCCAAGAGAAAUUGCUAGCUCCGCAUCACUUGAGUUUGGACUACAAUCUUGUGAAAUCGGAUUUGUCGUCGGAUUGCAACGCGAGUGAAAAAUAACUGCGGAUGCUGAUAGAGAAACGCGACGCUUUUUUGAAAACGGGUGACUACACGAGCACGGAUGACAACAUAAUUAAACUGAAUUCCGAGAUAAGAUCUUUACUGAUGAACAGUUGAUUCCCAUUUUGACGGGAACCUA